AUGUUUCGAAAUCCAGUAGUGAACAAUUUUCCAAGAAAAUCCAAGCAAGAAACCCAUCCGAGUCAUGCCUAUGUUACAUUCUUGGCUGGGGAUGGCGAUUAUGUGAAAGGGGUGGUGGGGUUGGCUAAGGGUUUGAGGAAAGUAAAGACUGCUUACCCACUUGUGGUGGCGGUUCUGCAUGAUGUGCCGGAGGAGCACCGCCGCAUGCUGGUGGAGCAAGGUUGUUUGGUCCGUGAGAUUGAGACUGUUUACCCCCCUGAGAAAGAGACUGACUCGCAGUUUGCUUGGGCGUAUUAUGCUGUCAACUACUCCAAACUUAGCCUCUGGAAUUUUAAGAAAAUUCAGAUUUGGAAUUCAGAUUUAAAAAAAAAAUAUUCGGCACAACCGGCAACUGCCGGCGGUGGCAGCGCGAAGCUGCUGCAGGCUGCAGCGCCGGGCGUGGCCAAGAAGAAAG